AUGGGUAAUGUGCGAACCCAAACGAAUUACCACGGUAUCACACAUUCACACCGAAUCUUCACAGAUUCCCGGCGCAGCAUGGCGAGGGGAUCUGCUGCCGGCGGCAACAAGGCCGGUGGCGCCAAACCCUCGAUCGAAAUCGACUGGACGGCGACGUUCGAGGGGUCUCCAUCGUCAACCAUCGCGGGCGGCGAUGGCUCGGCGAAGAAGGACCCGAAGACGCCGACCUCCGGCGAUCCGUCGAGCAACAACGCGCAGCCACCGAAGAGCGCAGCCACGCCCCCGGCUGAGGGCAAUUCGUCGACCAAGCCCCCGCGGCCGGCCAAGGGUAACUCCCGGCAGCCUGCCCGCGGAGGCGGGCGUGCGAAAAAGGAGGCGCCGGCCGCACCGCCUCCUUGUCCUUUGACGGCCAGCUUUGGGGGCAAAACCAAUUUGGACACCUUUGGCUGCGAUCUCACCGCGGCGGCGGCGAACGCUGACCCCGUCGUUGGCCGCGAGGAUGAGAUCGACCGCGUGGUGUGCAUCCUGUCCCGCAAGUCCAAGAACAGCGCCGUGCUCGUGGGCGCGGCCGGGGUCGGCAAGACGGCCAUCGCCGAGGGCCUCGCGCAGCGCAUCGCCCGCGGCGAGGUGUCCGGGGUCCUGGCCGGCGCGCGCGUCUUGGAGAUCAACGUCGCCGCGAUGAUCUCCGGCACGAGGGCCCGCGGCACGUUCGAGGAACGGUUGACCGGCCUGAUCGCCGAGGUGGAGGCCGCCGCGGCCGGGAAGGUCGUCUUGUUCAUCGACGAGAUACACACGCUGCUCGGCGCCGGUCUCUUUUCUGGCUGCAUGGACGCGUCCAACAUGCUGAAGCCGGCGCUGGCGAGGAGCCGUGUCCGGUGCCUCGGCGCCACGACGCACGCGGAGUACCACCACUACUUUCUCCAGGACAAGGCGUUGGAGCGGCGGUUCCAGAAGGUGCACGUCUCGGAGCCCAGCGAGGAGGAAACCGUAGCCAUCCUCCGGCGGCUCAAGGCGGCGUACGAGGAGCAUCACGGCAUGGAGAUCCAGGACGAGGCGCUCGUCGUCGCCGCCAAGCUUUCCGGCCGCUAUAUCCCAGCACGACAUUUCCCGGACAAGGCGAUCGAUCUUGUUGAUGAGGCGUGCGCGACGGCGAGGCUGGUGAUGGAUCGCCGGAAGAAGCAAGCCACAGGCAACGACGACAAGCCCUUGGCGCCCAAGGACGAAAACGUCGGACCGGACCACAUAGCGCAGAUCGUGAGCAAAUGGACAGGAAUCCCUGUGACUAGUCUGGGGACUGACGAGAGGAAGCGGCUACUGGAGCUGCCGAAGCGGCUGCACCGGCGCGUCAUCGACCAGGACGAGGCGGUGAACGUCGUUGCCGAGGCCGUGGUGCGCUCGCGGUCGGGCCUCGGGGAGCCAAACCAGCCGUCAGGAUCGUUCCUCUUCCUCGGCCCCACCGGCGUCGGCAAGACGGAGCUCGCCAAGGCCCUCGCCGAGCAGCUCUUCGGCAAUGAGAAGCUGCUCGUCCGCAUCGACAUGUCCGAGUACAUGAGCAGCAGCUCCGUCACUCGCCUCAUCGGCGCAUCUCCUGGGUCGCAUUUGUACGAGAAGGGCGGGCAGCUCACUGAGCUGGUGCGGCAGCGACCGUACAGCGUGGUCCUCCUGGACGAGGUGGAGAAGGCCGGCGCCUCCGUGCUCAACGUCUUCCUCCAGAUCCUCGACGACGGGCGCGUCACCGACGGGCAGGGCCGCGCCGUCGACUUCACCAACACCAUCAUCAUCAUGACCUCCAACCUCGGGGCGCACCACCUCCUCGCCCGCGCAGCCAGCAAGGACACGGAAGCCACCCGCAAGCGUGUGAUCGCCGACGUGCAGAGGCACUUCGGCCCCGAGCUCGUCAACCGGCUGAGCGAGAUGGUGAUCUUCCGCCCGCUCUCCCGCGAGCAGCUGCUGAGGGUGGCGAGGAUGCAGCUCAAAGGCAUCGCCGCGCGCCUCGCCGAGAAGGGCAUCGGCCUCGACAUCACGGACGCGGCCCUCGACGUGAUCCUCUCGCGGUCCAGCGACCAGGUGCAGAUGUACGGCGCGAGGCCGGUCAAACGCUGCCUGCAGAAGAACGUCAUGACAAGGAUAUCCAAGAUGGUGGUGCAGGAGGAGGUGGACGACGACUGCUACGUGUCCGUCGACGCCGACGAGGAGAAGAAGGACCUGGUGUUUGCCGUGGACAAGCAGAGUUCCAAGGAGAACGACGACCCGUCGUCCUCUUCCACCAAGAAGAGGAAGAGGCCCCCCGUGAAGCAUCUGGUCGUGAUUGAUGAAGACGAAGAAGACGAGUGA